CGCUCACAUUCGUCUUUGUGUUUCCACAGAAGAAGAAAACAAAAUGAGCGGCAGAGGAAAAGGAGGCAAAGGUCUCGGUAAAGGAGGCGCCAAGCGGCACCGUAAAGUUCUCCGCGAUAACAUCCAGGGAAUCACCAAGCCCGCUAUCCGCCGUCUGGCUCGCCGCGGGGGAGUCAAGCGGAUCUCCGGCCUCAUCUACGAGGAGACCCGCGGUGUGCUCAAGGUGUUCCUGGAGAACGUCAUCCGUGACGCCGUCACGUACACCGAGCACGCCAAGAGGAAGACCGUCACCGCCAUGGACGUGGUGUACGCUCUGAAGAGGCAGGGCCGCACUCUGUACGGCUUCGGGGGUUAAACCGACAACUUUGCUCACUGAACCAAACAAAGGCCCUUUUCAGGGCCAAACACUGAUCGGAUCAUGAGCUGAAUUUCUGUCUGAUGCAACCGAAUCUCUCCAUAAGCGACCUAUGAGUGUAAAAAUGUAUCUAUAUUAAUAUUAAUCUGACAAAACAAAGAAUUGUAGCUGCUUGUUCACACAAAAUGUAAAGUUUUGUUUCCACUGAUUUUUCUUACUGAAGGUUUGAGGGUUAAACUGGCAAUACAUGAACUCAUUAGACUAUUCUGCUUUAUCAGUGAAUCCACAGGGAGAUAUUUAAACUGAAAUAUCAAAAGUGAAUUUAAAUGUAAAUGUAUUCUCAUGAAAUGUAGAGGAAGAACUUUACACUAUGUGAUGGAGAGAGACUACAAGUUCAGUCUUGAAAAACGACAGAAUUGUUACAAGUUAGUUUCUUAAGGAAUUUUAAUUUUCAAUUAUAUUUCUUUUGGAAGAACCCUAAAAAAUUCUAUUGAAAGAAUAAAUUAAUCAUAUGCAGA